GUUUCUUCCAAAUACUGUGAGCUGCCUUGACAACCAGAUGUUUGUUAAGGGUAGCAACAAUGUUAUUAUUCUUCUAUUAAAACAGCCGAAAUGGUUCGCAUUACUGAACAGCUUAUUCGUAAACGUUCCGAGCACAACGAACUAGUAAUCGGUACAUUGGAAGAACUUUCCUUGCAUCAGGAGGACAUCGAAAAAAUCGAACAUAUUGACCGAUGGUGCCGUGAGCUGAAAAUCCUCCUGCUGCAAUCAAACCUUAUACCGAAAAUUGAAAAUCUAAACAUGCUAAAAAAGCUCGAAUAUCUCAAUUUAGCUAUCAACAACAUCGAACGGAUAGAGAACCUAUCAGGACUAGAAUCGCUUCAUAAGUUAGACUUAACUCUCAAUUUCAUAGGCGAGUUGACCAGUGUGGAAUCUCUUAAAAACAAUUACAACCUGAGAGAAUUGUACCUUACUGGUAAUCCAUGUACUGACUUCCUUGGGUACAGAGAUUUUGUAAUUUUCACCCUACCACAAAUUGCUAUGCUCGACGGAGAAGAAAUAACUCGAACCGAUCGAUUGAACGCUGGAAAAUUUUUUAAAGAGAAUCGAAGUCAGAUUGUCCAGUCUGAACUCAAAUACAAGUUCGAACGAGACGAACAAAAAGUUCGGGUGAAUCAAACAAUUCGCGAUCAAGAAGAUAGUGUUAGAGAAUUAGACGAAGAAGAACGAGCAACCCAGUUCUGGCAGCAGAAAAGUGAACAUUGUCCUGAAACGCGAAACUUAAUGGCAAAACAUUCAAAACGUUCGAAAGAAAAACCCAGCUUGAGUUUAGAUGAAGGUGCACGUGUAGAAAAAAGGAAACGAAUAUUAUUUGCCGAAUGUGGAAGACCAUACAGUAUAAAUGAACCAAAAAUCCAAUUUGAUUUUCGUGACGAGGACGACCGAUAUGAAGUGAACAUACAUAUUUAUAAGUAUUUGGACAGUUCUUAUGUUCAGGUGGACGUUCAGCCUAAUUACGUAAGAGCAACAAUAAAAGGAAAGAUUUUUCAGAUGGCUUUAAAUGAUGAAGUAAAAACGGAUACAUCCUUAUGCCAACGUUCAUCGAUUACUGGACAUCUACUUAUCAUUAUGCCUAAGCUUAAUCGACUUAACGUAUGCUUCAACUUAUCACAGAAGAAAGAUCGACAUUCGAAUCAAUGUCAGCCAAGAACAAACCAGUUGAGUGGAACUGUAGACUACAAAACUAUUGUCAGAACAAACUCAGAUAAAGGUGAUAAUUUUGAACAAACAAACAAUGGUAAUAAUUUCGAUGAAAGCGAAGUCCCACCUUUAAUUUGAAGGAGUUGUGAUAGUUCAAAUCAAAGAUAUUAAAAAUUACUGGAACAAUAAACUACUAUUUUAACUUAUUCGC